UCAACAAGUAUCUCGACAAGCAACUCCUCAAGCAUCUCAACAAGCAACUCGACAAGCAUCUCGACAAGCAACUCCUCAAGCAUCUCAACAAGCAUCUCGACGAGCAUCUCAACAAGCAUCUCGACAAGCAACUCAACAAGCAUCUCCUCAAGCAUCUGAACUAGCAUCUCGACAAGCAACUCAACAAGCAACUCUCUCCAUUAUCCCAAGAUUGUGCAGGGCAUUUGCAUAUACCUCUUGAGGGCAUGUGGGGUGUAGUUGAGGUCUGGGAGAUCCAUGUUCUCCAGGCAACUAAAAAGAACUUUCAAGAUUGUUUUAAAGAAGGGCUAUUGAAAAAAGAUGUGUGAGGGCAUCAGUCACUCUCAUGCCGGCAUGCCGCACUUUCAGCUAGCAGGUGAAAGAGACCCUCUUAUGGGAAUAAUGGAGUACAGAAAUGAUAGUGAGUUCAAAGUAAGGCUGAGAGGGAGUAAUGGGCGAGGAGAUGAACCUAGGAGAGCAAAAUUGAGAACUCCAGCUAAAGCAGCUCCUGCCCAGCGGCGAGGACUUCAGCGGCAGCAGCACCUGUGCAUGGGGAGGAACAGCCCCUGGGCGCGCGUAGGAAGCAGCUCGCCUCCACUAGCGGGCGGCAGUAGAGCACCAGCUCGCCUCCACCAGCGGCCGGCAGUAGAUCAGCACCUCGUCUCCACCAGCGGGCGGCAGCAGAGCACCACCUGUGCGCGCGGGGGCCGGGAGGAGCCCCUGGCGUGGGAGAGGAGCGCGGGGGUGGAGGGCAGGUGGCGGAGCCGCGGAGGCGGAGGUGGAGUGCCGGGGCGGAGGUGGAGGGCGGGUGGCAGAGCCGCGGAGGCGGAGGUGGAGUGCCGGGGCGAAGGCGGAGGCGGAAGACGCUGAGGAAGAUGACGGACAGAUUCAAAGUUUG